AUGCCUGUCGUAGCUAUCGCCGGAGGAACUGGUAGUGUUGGUCGCUCCAUCGUCGAAGAGACAGUCGCAGAUGGUCAAUUUGAAGUUCUCGUCUUGAGCCGAAAGGCCGAUCCCGAAUUUGAAAAGGCUCUGGGUGCGCGAAUCCUGGUCGUUGACUACUCCGAGUUUGAUAGCCUCGCAACCCUGCUCGAACAGAAUCAGGUAGAUACCGUCAUUUCCGCUUUGGGAGGACGUACACCUCCUGAGCAAGAGAAAGGCCUUAUCAAAGCCGCGGCAAAAUCCAAGACGACCAAACGAUAUAUUCCAAGCGUCUGGGGCAUCAAAUAUCGCCCAGAACAUUCCUGGUUCCCCAUCGCGGCAGCCAAGUUGUCCAACUUCGAUGCACUGGAGAAGACCGACUUGGAGUGGACUGUGGUGGCCAAUGGCUUUUUCCUUGACUACUGGGGUGGUCAAAACAUCAAGACUUACCUCUCUCCCAUGACUCUGGUAUUAGAUGUACCGGGAAAAAAGGCUGCGAUCCCAGGUCACCAGAACAAGCCCGUCGUAUUUACUUAUACCAAAGAUGUUGGAAGGUUUGCGGCGAAGCUACUGACUCUGAGCAAGUGGGAGCCAGUAUAUUACAUCAUUGGCGACAGGCUCACUUGGGAAGAAUUUGCACGACUUGCCGAGGAAGUUACCGGCGAUAAGUUUGAAAUCACACACGACCCGAUUGAGCUGCUGAAGGAAGGUAAAAUCACGGAGCUUCCUAGCCAUGUACAUUCGUAUCCUUUCUACCCCAAGGAAGCACUCCAGGGCAUGUUUUCCCAGUUUGGCAUCUUGUUCGACGAAGGUGCAUUUGACUUUCAGCCGAAGCAGACUCUCAAUGAUUUAUUCCCCGAGAUCAAGCCGACGACUGUCCGUGACGUUUUGGAAAUUGGAUGGAAGAAAUCGAUCUAG